AUGAAUAUUUCAUCAAAAGAGACAACUGCUCCUGAGCAUUCAAAUAAUCAUCAAAGACAACCUUUAAGCAAUUUUAAAAGAAAAAAUACUAAUCAAAAUUCAAGAGGUGGAAGUUUAUCACGUCGCACUGAGUCCUGUACUUCCUCUACCAAUAAUACUGAUGGUGGCCGUUCUAGUAGUUAUUCACAUUACUUUUCCAAUGAUUCUAUUGUAUCAACAGACCAAAAUAAGAAGAGUAUUAGAAAAUUUUUAGUUUCAACGUUACAUAAAAAUGUCAAAGAUAGAAAAAUUCUUUUAGAAACAGAAGAGAAAUUAUCUAAUUUUAUAAAUUGUGAUGAUAGAACUUUAAAAUUCGAUCCAAUGACUUCAUACGAUAGAAUGUUAAUUCAUCGCACUGCCUCAUUCUUCAAUUUGGAUCAUAAUGUUGAUCAGUCAGGAAAAUGUGUUGUUAUUACGAAGAAUGAAAAAUCUAGAUGCCCAGAUGAAUCGUUUAAUAGUAUGAUAAAAAGCGAUCAUUUCAGUGAUACAAGAGGUCGUUAUCGAUCCAGAAGAGGAACAUCUAAUCCAUCAUUUUAUUAUUCUGGGAAUGUUAAUGAUUAUUCAUAUCAAAAUUCUAUUUCAUCUCCUGUUGAUUUUGAUUAUAACAAUCAAAAAACAACUCAACAAUAUGACAAUCGUACAACAUAUAAUGGAUGUGGAUAUAAAGGAAGACAAUCUGGACAAGGAUUUUACCAUGAUAGUGGAAUGAGUGAUUUAACAAAUGAAACAAUUAGUCCAAGAUAUGAAAGUCCUCUUGAGUGUUAUGGUGUUCCACAAUCUCCUUUACCAAUAACUAAUAAUUAUAAUGUUGGUAUUCAAGCUUCAUCUGAAAAUAAUCAAAUAGCUGAAGAAGUAGGAAAAAUAAGUGAUGAAUUAUCACAACGUAUAGAAAUAAGUAGUGAAACUAAUGAAGGUACUAUUAUUUCACCAACACCACCACCACCACCACCACAAAAUAUUCCCCAAUAUUAUUAUCAUCCACAGCAACCAUAUAAUAGAAGUUACUUUCCUCCUUAUGCUUUUGAUCCUUCAAUACAAUAUCAACAACCACCGUGGAAUCCUUAUCAACAACAAUUUGUAUCUCAACAAUAUAUUCCCGGAAGAGUUGUUUAUUAUCAACAUUUUUAUCCGACACCACCACCACAACCUCAAGAAAAUUGCAUUUAUCCUAUAGUUUCAUCAUCAUCACCUGGUAUUGUAUAUCCACAACAUAUAGGUCCAUACAAUUCAUAUUAUUCACAACAAACGGUUUUUGAGAAUGAGGAACAAAUUGAAGAACCUCCAUCAUCAAGUGGUAAUUAUAGUGAAGACAAUACUAUUCAACCUCAAGAUUAUUCUACCUCUUCAAAGGAGGAUGAUACCAAUAAGACGGAGACAUGA